GUAUCGAGCUUAAUUUACUCAGCGCAAAAAUCGCGUGCGGACGUUCAGAAAACGCGGCGAAUCGUGAAACGUGAAACGGAAAACUUUCCUAUCUAAGCCAAGCCGUUACAAUUCGCAACGCGCUGCUGCGUCCUGCCAAAAAGAAAGCACAUCAACUCACACACACACACCUAGUCGAGAUGGCUUUGGUACCAGCUACAAACAACAAUACGGAUUGGGAUUAUUGGGAUUAUCGUCGUCGCCUGUGGCGCGAUUGGGAUCUGGCCGCCGACUGGGAUGUGCCCUACUGGAAGCGCUUGUCCCGUGUCGGCUCAGCGCCCGAUCUGAGUCGCGUUGUCGUUGGCAAGGAUGGAUUCGAGGCCAAUGUGGAUGUGCAUCUGUUCAAGCCCUAUGAGAUAACGGUGAAGACAACCGGCGACACGGUCGUCGUGGAAGCCAAGCACGAGAAGCGGCGGGACGGCGACAGCUUUGUGGGGCGCCACAUUGUCAAGCGGUUCGUGCUGCCGCGCGGCUACUAUCCCAACGAUGUGCGCUCCGAGCUCUCCUCCGAUGGCAUCCUCACCGUGCGCUGCCCACCGUAUCUAAGCAAUGAGCGCAGCGUCUACGUGCGCCAAGUGGGACCCUCGUACCUGAGCAUUAAGAACUAACACACACAUUAACACACACACGCAGAGAGAGGAUGUUGUUUUGUUGUUGUUUGUUUUCUGUUGGCGGCACUGCCUUGCGCAAAGCUUUCCAAAAAUGGCACACGAAACGAGAAUUUGUUUACAAAUUAAUUUAAUUAAUUUAAGAUACAUUUUGCACAAGCGCCUAACUGAGUGGAAAACAAAUCUGAUUGGACUCUUUUUAUUGUAAUUAACCAAACCCAUUUUUAUAGUUCAAUAAAAUGAAAGUUUAAUUUAUUAAAA